AUGGGUAUUACUAAUAUUACCAAUUUAUGGCCCUUUUAUGUCUUAUUUAAUAUUUCAUCUUAUUUUACAGCGCAAUACAUAAAAUGUGCCCGAUGUAAAUACCUGUUUGAACAUGCUUAUAAGCUGUUGAGAAAUAUAUCUCAAAUCAAUAAGUUCGGAAUAAUUGGUCUCUGUGAAUAUUGUCAAUCUAAAAUUGAAAGUAAUAUACCGUGUAAACAUUGUAAUGAAGCCGUUAAGAAAUUUAUUAUUCAUAAAAAUAAAAAGGUGAAAGAAACAGACGAUUUUAUUCAGUUGGCAAAUAAAUUCAAAUAUGUUCUCGAAAUUGAUAAACGAAAAUCUCAUUCACAUUCUGACUUACUUUUGAAUAAGCAACGUACUUUGAGUCCUAGAUUGUUCCACAAACCUACAGGUCAUUUGCGUGUUUUUGAAAAAGAUUUACAAAGUCCAAUAAAUAGUAAUAAAAAAUCAAAGUCAAAGUAUGCACAUUUACUGAAAAAAAAUAAAGAAGAGAGUUAUUCUUCAAGUUACGUAGACAGUAAAUUUACAGAUGUUGAAAGCUUAGAAUAUGACGAGGAACUGAGAUUGAAAAAGUCAUAUAAUGAAAAAAAAAUUGUAAUGGGUAAUUCAAACACAACAUAUAGAAGAUAUAAUGCGUUAAAAUUAGCUUCGAAAUAUGUGCAUGUUUCCUUAGAUGAUAUUAAUGCAAAGUUUUAUGAUUUUGACAUACCUCUUCUACAAAGAAAAUAUAAUAGUAAUACCACAUUAAAUUAUCGAGAUAAUAUUGAAAAAACCGACGAAUAUUCAAUAAGUAAAAUAGUUAAACAAGACUUAUCUAAGAAAAAGGAUGUACUUAAUCCAAAUAGAGAUAAAGAAAAAAUAUUGUUUCAGCUGAAUAAAGAAAAAUUACGAGAUUUAAGUUCAGAGAAAUCACCUGUAAAUUUUGAUAAAACUUUAGCCCAGGGAUCUCUUCAGAAAAGUUUUAGUUUCUUUUUCAUUAAAAAGAGUAGUGGUCAACCUAAAUAUCCAAGAAUAACUAAGAGCUCGUCGGAAUUGAUUAAAGAAACCCAAGAUGUAAUUCAUGCGAAGGCUGAAAAGGAAAAACAACAAUUAAAAGAAACUAAAAACAUAUCCAAAGGAACUAAAAUUCAAGAUAAUCAAUUAAUAGAAACUAGAAUCAAAUCAAAAGAAAAUGAUAUAAAAGAUAAGGAAAUAAAAAAUAAAAUGCCUCCAUUAAAAAGCGAAACGCCAAUUGACGAAACAAAAGAAAAAUUGUCCCAAAAAGAAAAAAAAACAUCACUUGAUGACAAAAUAGGUAAUACAACCUAUGCUAAACCAUCACAUAAAAGAAGUAAUAAAAAUGCUAGUAAGACUUCCCUGAAUAUACACAAAAGAGAUAAACCCACUAUAACAAAAUCUAAAGAAGAAGAAAAAAAUAUUAAAACAGAUAAAAAAGAGUCAACAAAACUAAAAAAUGAACCUAAAAAAAGACAAGUUGAAAAAGAGCAAAAAGAAACGACAAAAAAAGAGGAAAAAAAGAAAAAAGAAGAGCCUAGUACAAAAGAAGAGGUCAAAAAAUUUGACAAAAAAGAUGACCUAGAAGAAUUUAAGAAAAUAUUGGCCGAACAAAAGAAACACAAAGAAGAAGAAAAAAGAGCCAGGAAGAAAGAAGAAGAAAAUCACAAAAUGAAAAAAGAUACCGACAAAGCGGUUACAACACAGGAAGUAUUGCUUAAAAAUGUAGAAACUAAAACUAAUAAAAAACAAAGUAAAGAAAUUAAGUCAGAUGUAAAGCCGGACAUACAAACAAAAGCUAAAUUAAAUGCCGAAGACGCAGAAACAAAAGACCUACAAAUGAAUCAAAUUACAGUUAGAACACCUUCUACUGACGAUCUAAUUUUACGUUUAGUAAAAUUAAAACAAUCAUAUCCUCGAAAAGAUAAAGAGCGACCAAAACGUUUAUCAGAGAUUAACAUUGACCCUAACGUUAUUGCUACACAUAAGUGUCAUCAAAAUAAACAGCCAAAUUGUAUAAUUUGUAAUGAUUCUGAAUUAGAACUUGAUAUUGAAAAUAUCGUAAACAAAAAAUUUGAAAAUACUAAAGUAGCGGAUAUUAUUGUAGGGGAAAAAAUAUUAAAACAUAAACCACAUUUAGAGCAAAAAGUAAAGAAACCUUUAAUAAGUCCCUUAUUUUUUAGUUCAACGUUACAGGACGAUGUCGUAAAUAUUCCUGAACAUGAUUUUUUUACCAAUGUAACGGAAGGAGGUUUAGAAAAGAAAACAUUUUCGAUCAAAAAUGUAAAACAAGACGUUCCUAAAGGUAUUUUACGAUAUGCUUUGUCUGACCGCACAUUCAUUGACAAAGGCUGGACUAUGUUACCUACAGAAAAAGUAGUGCGAAAAAUGAAUGUAUAUCGUAUGCGACCAGCUCAUCCUGAAUUUGAUUGGUUUGAACACAAUAAGAAUAAAAAACUAAUGUACUAUGACACAGGAGAAAAGUUAGCCGAAUUCGAUGAUGCCGGUCGCGGCAGGUGGUUUUAUAGAAAUGGAAAGUUAGCAUUGGAUUAUUAUGAUGCGAAAGAAAUAAAUGCCCAGCAAAGAUUCGUAAUCUACAGCAACGGAGAACCCGAUGAGCGAGGACGUUCUCGGCCUUUUGUUAUACUUGCAACCUUUGACUAUCUAGGUAACGGUAUAGUAUUCGACCACGCCGGUAAAAUAAGAUUAAAAUACAAUCAAACUGAAGGAGUAGUGUUAGAUCGAAGUAUCGGUCCAGUUUCUCACUGGAAAUGGCAUACACUAAAUGAUCCACCAGUAUUACAACAAGUCAUGAUAGAUACACAAAUGGCACAUAAAGAUCCUGAAAUACUAAAACUUGGAGGAAAUGCAGAUAAUAAAGUACGUACUGAUAAUGAGGAAAUGUUAGCAAUUGAAUUUGAAAACUUUAUAAAAGAGAAGAGUAAAAAGCUAUCUCAAAAGUUCAAACCGUUUCAAAUUAAAAUGAAAGCUCUGAAAAUAAAUGAAAACUUUUCAUUAAAAGUACUAGAUCAAGCUACUGUUUAUUUGAUAUUUAGAGAUGGCUCCACCAAUCUGAAAAUAAAUAUUGGAAUGAUUUUAGACCACAAAGAAAUUGUUGAUACGGAUACUGCCGAAGUAGGUGAGAUUUCAAAUAGUUUAGAAAGAUUUCCAGCUCGAACAGACAGUUUAGCUGGAUUACAAAAAAGUGUAGCAUAUGCUCAACGUAUUGAGCGAGCUCGACUAGAGAGGGAGCGACGACUUCGACCCAUAGAACCAUAUACAGACAAAGUAACCUCUAUAGUUUCUCGGCCUCUUCAAAAUCCUUUAAAUAUUGUACCUUCUAGUAAUACAGUAACAUCUGCAAAGGACAUGUGUCGAUGUAGAAAAUCCUUAUCUAGCCAAUUGUAUUAUGACACACGGCUCAGUUAA